UCCUCUUGGCCUUGGCCUUGAGGAAUUUCUGGUGGGUUGCAUCUAUUACGGCAAAGAGGUAAAAUUUAUUAGUUUAUCUGUCAGAUUUAGAGACCACCCGUCUCCUUCGCAGAGCGACUAUGUGAAAUUUGCGCUACCCCUCCAAACAACACUGUUCAAUUACCUCUGGGUGGAUUUAUCUGACAUUUGUAAGGCAGCGUCUUUCCCCCCAUCUUAAAAGCAUGACUAGGCCAUUACAUGCUGAACUCCUUUCCUGCUGGUAGUUCGAAAACAGUGGAGAUGGGAGAACGUCCGAAACGAAAUCCUAGCAAACGCCGCUAUCCUAAACUGCCACGUGUCCAGGUUCCUUCAAGUGAAUGGGACUCGUUCUUAAUGAAGGGUUUGAACACAGGACAGAAACGCUAUUUUUACAGCAUUCUGAGCAUCUACGACAGCCGAGGCCAGAGGGAAGCACUGUCCCACCGAUACACCAUUGGCCUUCAGCGCCAAAAUGCGCUCGGGCUCAUCACCAAGCAGCAGUUGGGAUACUACGCUUCCUUCGUAAACGAUUCAAAACCUUGCGGAAGGUCAACGCUAGGAAGGCCGUCACCCUCUAAGGCAGACAGCAAGGGGAGGCCAGCUGCCUUUCUGUGAUGAAAUAUGAAUCAAAGAAGCGACAGAAGCUCAGCAGGCCAGGAUGAAUCACGGUUUGGCGUUGGGGAACAAACGGGGCAGUUUGCCUUCUGCCGGUCCGGCUUUGCAAAACGCAACGGGCAUUUUGGAAAGAAGAUGUGGGACUUGUUUAAAGAGAGGCCACCUUUGCUGGCAAAUAAAACAAGAGGAUCCUUGCGGAAGCUUCCGUGGUUUAGGCCCAAUCCUUGCAUUAAAACAUUUUACGGAAAUCUGUGUGAAAUUUGUCAACCCUUGGUCUGAAAUGGUAUGGGGUUUCCUGUCUAAGCAGGGGGUUGGACUAGAAGACCUCUAAGGUCCCUUCCAACUCCAUUCUCCUCCUCCUCCUCCUCCUCCUCCUUGUAAAAUGUUUUCUUCAUACAAUUAGCACACAGGUUAUUUCAUUUAGCCAGUUCCUAAUAUUAGUUAAAGCUUAAUAUUAGUUAAAGCUUUCAUCACAUCACUCCUGUUAAUUAAAAUAUAUUUCUUAUGAUAUUUCCCAUCUAUCUCAAGAUGACCUCCAAGGUCCCUUUCAACUAUUGUAUUGUAUUGUAUUGUAUUGUAUUGUAUUGUAUUGUAAGUGUGUUCUGGAUAUAUAGAUGCAUUUUAUUCACUAAUGGAAACAGGCUAAAGUAUGUGGGACAGGAUCCGAAUGCCACAGCUUGAAACUUUGAAGUACAGAACUUUGCUUUAUUAUUGGGUAUAAGCUUCUAUUUCUUUAAGUAGCUCGAUCAAGCUGAUAGAAGCUACGUUUUUGUGCCUGAUUGUGCAGUUUACCAGACAACUGGCUCGGAGGGAAGAAAGCAUUAGCACACACAGUUAUGGGAAGGCAGCUUUACGCAGAAACUCAAGCAUGACACUUUUGUAGACAGAUGGUAUUUGUGUUUCUCUCUGGGUAUUAAAAUUGUCCUGACACCUCAGUAAAAGAUUAAGGUUGUCGUGGGAAAAAAAACAAAACCAAAGCUUCAUCUGUGCUCUGGGGGGAAAAACCUGAGUGUGAAUUCAAUAAUAAGUUCAAUAAUUUUAUAAUUCCAGAAUCAAAUAAUUGGAUAAAUCCAAUAAUUCGAUAAACAAACUCAAGGGGUUUGAGGGCUACUGGGAAUGAAAGCAAUCUGCAGGGCAGUUUGUAGGAAAAUUGUCCUCUACUCAUGAAACCACAAAUAUCUGAUAGAAGCAGUAGGUGAUGUGUCUAC